AUGACGUCGUCCAUGUUGCGAAGACAGCUGAAGAACCUGGUCCAGAACUACUCUGAGGCCGAGGUCAAGGUCCGUGAGGCCACAUCCAACGACCCGUGGGGCCCGUCCAGCUCACAGAUGGCCGACAUCUCGGAUCUCACCUACAACGUGGUGGCCUGUAACGAGAUCAUGACCAUGCUGUGGAAGAGGCUCAAGGACGACAGAAACUGGAGGCACAUCCACAAGUCUCUGACGCUGCUGGAGUACCUCCUGAAGACUGGUGACGACCGUGUGCUGCUCAAGAUGAAAGACAACAUCUACAUCGUCAAAGCGCUCACAGAGUAUCGCUUCGUGGAGAAAGAUGGCAAAGAUCAGGGUGCCAAUGUACGUGAGAAGGCUAAAGUGGUCCUGGUCCUGAUGGAGGACGAUGACAAACUCAAGGAGGAACGAGACUUUGCUGUCAAGACCCGAGAGAAGACGUCAAAAGGCUCGGCAGCCUCGUCGUCGGACACCGUCAAGGACCCCAACUACAAGCCGUGCUACGUCCCUGGCUCCACGGGGCUCCCAUCGCUGGACAACAUCCCGUCUGUAGCCGACCUGACGGCGUCAUUCGCCGCUCGCAAGGAGGAACGCAUAAAGCAGGAGGAGCAGAAGAAGGAGACGGAAAGGAGGGCCAAACUGUCUGAAGACGAGCUGAAAUGGGAAGAUGCCGGUAAAUCUGACAAUGUAGGGGAUCAGGCCUGGACUGGUGAUAAGACAGCAGAGGAGGACGACGCCAAGCCAGACCCUUGGGGGGCCCCUAAAACGGAUCCUUGGGGUGCACCCUCGGAAACAGAUGAUCCAUUUGUAGCGCAAAACGCCACCCCAAAACAGAAGGACUCCUUUGAAGACCAGCAAGAAGAUCCCUUCACGUCUUCUAAUAACGACCCGUUUAACACCCCGAAAGACGACCCGUUUAACGCACCCAAAAAUGACUCGUUUGACACCCCAAAAGAUGACCCAUUUAAAACCCCUAAAGACGAUCCCUUCAAUACUCCUAAAGAUGAUCCAUUUAACACUCCCAAGGAUGAUCCCUUCACUACCUCAAAAGAUGAAAACACCCCUAAAGAUGACCCAUUUAACACCCCUAAAGAUGACCCGUUUAACACCCCAAAAGAUGACCCGUUCAACACCCCAAAACAUGAUCCAUUCAACACGCCGAAGGAUGACCCAUUCAACACCCCUAAGGCUGACCCAUUUAACGCACCAAAAGAUGAUCCAUUUAACACCCCUAAAGAUGACCCCUUCAACACCUCAAAAGAUGAUAACCUUUCUAAAGAGGACCCAUUCAACACCCCAAAAGACGACCCAUUUAAUACCCCAAAAGAUGAUCCCUUUACUACCCCAAAAGACGACCCGUUCACCACCCCAAAAGAUGCUAACCCUUCUGAAGAUGACCCAUUCAACACCCCUAAAGACGACCCAUUUAAUACCCCAAAAGACGACCCCUUUAGUACCCCAAAAGAUGACCCCUUCAACACCCCAAAAGAUGAUAACACGUCUAAAAAUGACCCAUUUAAUACCCCUAAAGAUGACCCCUUUAACACCCCACAAUGCAAUAAAAGCCCACCUGCUGCUUUGACGACACCCCCAAAAGACGACCCCUUUAGUACCCCAAAAGAGGACCCUUUCACAGCACCUAGCGUCAACGCCGAAGCCACGACGCCUCCUAAGGAUGACCCUUUUACCGCCCCUAAAGACGACCCUUUUAACGCCCCUAAAGACGACCCCUUUUCUGCCCCCUUGACGCCCCCCAAAGAAGGAGAAAGCGGGGCGUCGGAUCCCUUCGCCGCGCCCCCGCUGAGCUCGUCCCAGAGCGGUAGCGAUGCCUGGGGGACCACCUCGGCGCCCCCUGUUGGUUCAGACCCGUGGGGAGACAACGCCUCAUCGCCUGUAGACAAUUGUGACCCGUUUGGGGACACGUCCAAAGCUCAAAAUGACCCCUGGGGGGCGCCAGGUUCUGCUGAUCCAAAUGAUGCCUGGGGGGCUCCUGCAUGCUCCUCCCCCACCAACGACCCCUUCGGAGACUCCAAAACUCGAACGGAUAAAGGAGCCGAGGUCAGAGUUGACGUGCGAGUCGGGGCGAGGCGAGGCGCCGCACCGCGCUUUGGGAGGGAGGGAGCGCACCAGAUGGACUCGCCGUGA